UAAAGUCGGUUAGGGAUUAAUUAAUUACUUACACGCAAAGACGCAACGAAAUCCUCUUCUCCAAGGUAAAUGUUUUGACUAAUAGGAAUAGUAGAAUGAGAUAAACCUAAAUUUUGUUGAAUUUUUCAUUUACAAAUACCGAAAUUGGACUCAGAGGAGAUAACUCCAUGAAAUCGGCAACGGCGAUGGAGGAGGAAAAAGAUAAAAUGGUGGUAGCAGGGUUAAUUGAUAAAGCCACCAACUCCACUAGACCGGAAGUGGAGCCCCGACUUCUCAAAUCCAUCAAAUCGGUGGUCCGUUCCUCUGAUUCCGAGCUACGACUUGCUGCGCAAACCCUAAUUUCCCUUAUGAAACGUGACCACUCUCAGGUACGAUAUCUCGCUCUUCUCAUAAUAGAUGAACUCUUCAUGCGCUCAAAGCUUUUUAGAACUAUUGUUGUCGAGAACUUGGAUCAGUUACUCACAUUAAGUGUUGGGUUCAGAAGGAAUCUGCCGCUUCCACCUCCUGCCUCUGUUGCUUCUGUAUUACGCCCCAAAGCAAUUGAGUUCUUAGAGAAGUGGAAUUCUUCAUUUGGUAUUCAUUAUAGGCAGCUCAGGCUGGGGUAUGACUAUUUGAAGAACACCCUCCGCUUUCAAUUUCCAAACUUGCAAGCAAAUGCAGCUAGGAUUCGGCAGGAAAGGAGGGAAAGAGAGAUGAGGACAAAGGAGAUCCUGCUGAAGAAGUUUGAAACCUUGAAGGAGAACCUUGCUUCUAUAAAAGAUGAAAUUCAGUCAACAGUUGAUGAAAUUGGUGAGUGUUUGAACAUUUUAAGCACAAAGGAUGAAGAAGAUAUAUUGUUGCCUUCUUUAGAUGAUGAAGAUAUUGUGGAGUUCCGCAACUCUGAACUCCGACAAAUCCGUCUUGAUUCCUUGAAGGAGGGGGAAAAGAUUAAAGUUGACAGUGAGAAUGAAGUUGUAUUUGAUGCAUUGAGGGAACUAUUCAAGGUUCUAAUAACAAACCAUAUGGUCACAGUGCAAGAAUGGAUCUCUGUUCUCAUAAGAGUGGAAACAACAGACACUAGGUUCAGGGACUCCACAUUAAAGGAUUUUAUUGAUAUUCGUAAUCAUCUCAAAUCAGUGAAGAAAAAAUGUGAAGAAUCUGGUUGUACUCUGCCUAAAACUAGAAGUGCUGAGGAUGAAGACAUAUGGGAAGAGGGUAAUGUGGAACCAGAAAAUGGAAAAUCGUUUAAAAUGCCUGACCAAGGUGAGGAUUGUUCCUUGAAUCUGAAUUUUAAUGGAAUGAGAGUUGAUGCUCCUGAAUGUAGUAAUCUUAGUCUUAAGGGAAAGGAGAAGUUGCAGGAGGCCAAUGGUGGCAGUGAAACUGACACCUCUAGAGGCAAGCUUUUAGCUGAAGCUCCCAUUAUGAAGUGGGGUUCUUUCCUGGAUGAUUGGGGAUCAAGGAGCAGGGAUGUUUUGGCGAACCAAAGAGGAUUAGAUCUUGACGGCCACUGGGGUAGAGUGGACCAUGAUGCGGUGAUUCCUGCUGAAAAAAUUGCAGAAUUAAAAGUCCAUGCAACUGUUUAUAGGGAAGACCCCGUUGAAAUCCAACCAUGUCGAGCCCCUUUGCGAAAUGGAGAACUUUGUCAGAGGAGAGAUUUGAAAAUUUGUCCAUUUCAUGGACCUAUUAUUCCUCGAGAUGACGAAGGCAAACCAAUUGAUACAGGCUCAUCAAUAGAAGAUCAGGCUACACAGUUGGUGGAUCAGCAAGAGCCCAUCAAUGCAUGCCCUUCAGUAGCGGAGAAAAUACAUGAUUUGGAUGAUAAACUUGUGGAAAAAUUAGCCAAGCAGGCUGUAAAAAAUGUCCGACAAAGAGAUAGAGAGGAGACAAAGAAGAGAGAGCAGGACAAACAGAUUAUGAAGCGGGCAAAGCUUGCAAAAGUUCGAGAACAUAAUCAAGAAGUUCUACGUGAUGCUGCACUGGCAUCCACCUCAGGAUCCUUACAUGCUGGAGAAGAUCAGGAUAGAUCGUCUUUAUCUAAAUCUUCGUCCACGAGUAAGAAAGAAACUCUGGCAUCUAUGUUAAAGAAGAAAGAAACUGCCAAAGAUAGAUUGGGUCAAAGGCUUCUUAAUGCCCGUGCUAGAGAUGCUACAGUGCGACAGUUAACAGUGGCUGAGGAUUCAAAUUACCGUGAAGCCUUUCCAAAUCAGUGGUAAGUUAAUGACUCAACACUACAUUUUUCCGCUCGUAGGUUCUUGACAUUGUUCCGGGUGUUGUAUUUGUUUGUAAUAUAAGGUUGCUGCUGGUGGUUCAAAACAUUCUUUUUCUUGUUCUGUCCCACAUCUGCUUAGUUUUUAGGUUGUCAAGUUGUAAAUUUUUACAAUAUACAUUGGAACUUACAUUCCCAAUAAACGAGGAGAAGUUUUGUCAAUCACUAUAGUUUUACAGCA